AUUCUGGAUCAUAGCUAUUCUGUACUGGAUUCCCCCAAAACAAAUCAAUCAUUUCCAAAAGCAGCUAAGUCCCUGACUAAAGAGCAAGAGGAAGACAAAGUGGCCAAAAAGGGCAACAAGAAAGCAAAACAAACAUCUGAAAAGCUUCCACACUGCAGACCUGAGGACAGAAGCAAACAGAAAAGUUGCUCAAUAACUCCUAAGAAGAGCAAGGUUGUCAGCCCUUCAACUUCAUUGACAUUGUCAUCCAGUAACGCUACUGCCAUCACAAAAACUAUUACCAGAACAUUUCCUCUAAAGCAGAAAAUGCAUUUAGUCAACAUUAAGGCCCAGCAUCUUCAAAAUAUCAACAAUCAAUCAGAAAGCAUAAAAGAUCUGGAGAUCCAAACGCUGCAAGUAGAGUGUGAAGAACUCAAAAAUCAACUAGGAUGCUUAAGGGAAGGGCUGAUGGGCCAGAAGCCAGGUGACACAGAAGAGCUACUGAAACAAUCUCAGAAAGAACUGUUGUGGCUUCAGAGACAGCUCUCCUUUCUUUCCGCAGGAGGCCCUGUGUGUGUUUUGGCAGCUAGUAGGAAAAAUGAACUGAAGGAUGCUGUGCAAGAAAAAAAUCGCCUGAGUCUUCAGUAUGCAAGUGUGUCCCACAAAGCACUGCAAUAUGACCAGGUGAAAUCAGACUAUGACCAUCUUAGAGAAAUCCUUAUCAGAGUGACCAAAGAACGAGAUUUGGCUGUAAAGGGAAAACACCAGCUCCAAGCCAAGCUGGAGAACUUAGAGCAGGUCUUAAAGCAUAUGCGAGAGGCUGCUGAACGGCGGCAACAGCUGGAGUUGGAGCAUGAGCAAGCCUUGGCAGUUCUCAAUGCCAAACAGCAGGAAAUUGAACUCCUGCAGAAGGCUCAGGUUGAAGCUAAGAAGGAACAUGAAGGAGCAGUUCAGUUGCUAGAGAACACCCUGGACAGCAUGCAGGCCAAGGUCCGAGAGCUAGAAGAAAAAUGCCGGACACAAAGUGAACAAUUUAACCUCCUGUCCAGAGAGCUGGAGAAGUUUCGGCAGCAAGCAGGGAAGAUUGAUCUCCUGAGCAGUAACACGGUAGCAUCCUCAGAUAUUCCUGGUUCUCCCAGUAAAUCUCUAUCCCAGUUAAUGAAUGGAAUAGCCACUUCUAUAGGCAAAGGUCAUGAAAGUCCUUCUGGAAGCCGUUGUGUGAUUUCAGAAUUUAUACGACCUCUUCAAGUAUCUGGAGACAAACCAGAACAAUUGUCUGUCAAACCUACAUUCCUGUCCAAGUCAAGAUCUGGUACCCCAAGAUGCAGAUUUGAUUCAGACAUGGAUAAUGAUCAGAAUUCCAAUACCUCAAAGCAGAGAUAUUCUGGGAAAGUCCAUCUUUGUAUUGCCCGUUACAGUUACAACCCUUUCGAUGGACCAAAUGAAAAUCCAGAAGCAGAGCUCCCCCUUACGGCAGGAAAGUACCUUUAUGUGUAUGGAGAUAUGGAUGAAGAUGGCUUUUAUGAAGGGGAACUCCUAGAUGGACAGAGAGGACUAGUCCCUUCAAAUUUUGUGGAUUUUGUUCAAGACAAUGAGACCCGUUUAUCAAGCACAUUAAGCAGUGAACAAGAUCAGAAUUUUAUCAACCAUUCGGGUUCUACUUUAGAAGGAGAUAUCCUAGAGAUAAGUCCACCAAGUCACAUAGACUCUAGCAUAAUCAGCAAUGGCGCAGGGACUCUGGAUGUGAACAUCGAUGAAAUUGGAGAAGACAUUGUGCCUUAUCCUAGAAAAAUCACCCUUAUUAAACAACUAGCCAAAAGUGUCAUUGUGGGCUGGGAGCCACCGGUAGUGCCACCCGGAUGGGGAACCAUUAGCAGCUAUAAUGUUCUGGUUGACAAAGAAGUACGGAUGAACAUAGCCUUGGGAAGCAGAACAAAAGCCCUUAUAGAAAAGCUUAACAUUUCUACUUGUACAUACCGAAUAUCAGUUCAGAGCAUUACAAACAAGGGUAACUCGGAUGAACUGCAGUGCAGUUUGUUAGUUGGGAAGGACGUAAUUGUAGCCCCCUCUAAUCUUAAAGUGGACAACAUAACCCAGAUUUCUGCUGAGCUGUCCUGGCUCCCUACAAAUAGUAAUUACAGCCAUGUCAUCUUUCUUAAUGAAGAAGAAUUUGACAUUGUCAAAGCUGCUAGCUACAAGUAUCAUUUUUUUAAUUUGAAACCCAAUAUGGCCUACAAGGUGAAGGUCAUGGCAAAGCCCCAUCAGAUGCCCUGGCAGCUUCCCCUAGAACAACGAGAAAAAAAGGAAGCCUUUGUGGAAUUUUCUACAUUGCCAGCAGGUCCCCCAGCUCCACCUCAAGAUGUUACUGUCCGGGCCGGGUCCACUCCAGCAACCAUACAGGUGUCCUGGAAACCACCAACUCUGACAGCAACAGGGACCUCCCAUGGUGCCAAUGUCACAGGCUAUGGUGUUUAUGUGAAAGGUCAACAGGUGGCGGAGGUGAUCUUUCCAACAGCAGAGAACACACUGGUGGAACUAAUGAGACUAAGAAAUCUGGAAGCAAAAGAAGUUACUGUUCGAACACUCUCUGUACAAGGGGAAUCAGUGGACUCUACUGUUGCUGCCAUUCCAUCUGACCUACUGGUGCCUCCAACCCCUCUCCCCAGAACUGCUCCCAAAACUAAGCCAUUUGCAAGUGCCGGAGCCCCAGAAACCAAAGAAGAACAUUUAGGUCCACAUUUAAAAAUGGAUGAGUCAUGGGAGCAGACUCGUUCAGCAUCCCCUGUUCAUGGGCACACACUUGAGCCACCUGUCCCUAACUUUCACAGCCCUCUUCAGGGGAGGAGGUCUCCAUCACCUAACCGAAUACUCCCUCAACCUCAAGGCACACCUGUCUCAAAUACUGUCGCAAAAGCCAUGGCAAGAGAAGCUGCACAACGAGUUGCAGAGAGCAAUAGGAUGGAGAGAAGUGUUUUUAGUGAAAGGAGCAAUGCAGCCCAGUAUGCUAACUCAGAUGAUGAGGAAGAUGGCUAUGAUUCUCCUAAUGUCAAAAGGAGGGGGGCUUCAGUUGAUGAUUUUCUGAAAGGGUCAGAACUUGGAAAGCAUCCUCACUAUUGCCAUGGUGAAGAGUACCAUACGGAGAGCAGCAGAGGUUCUGACUUGUCUGAUAUUAUGGAGGAAGAUGAAGAAGAGCUGUACUCGGAAAUGCAGCUGGAGGAUGGAGGAAGACGACGAGUCAGUGUGACUUCACACAAUGCACUUAAGGAGUGCGAUAAGAAUAAGACCACUGAAGCCACUUUUUUGGAACAGCCUGACUUUUCACAACAAAUACAUCACAGUAAAAAGCUUUUCAGUAUUCCAGAAGUAGCUGAAGAGGAUGGUGAAUACUCUGAACUGCUGUACAAGCAGGGUUUAGGUAUGCCCUAUAAAAAGAAUCCCACAAUAGCUAGAGACUCUAGACCACCUAGGCCCUACAAUCAAGACCAGCAGCACAACUUCUGGUAUGCAGCCAAGCACAGAAUUUCAGGCAUGGAGGAAAUUGCUGGAGGUGACAAAGGAUGUAAAUAUAGCCGAUCCUUAUCAAGAAGCCCAGACAGUGGAUUAGACUGUGGAAGUGAAGAAGAAGAAUCUCGUUUUACUUUCAGAUAUGCGUGUGAUUCAGUUUCUGCCAAUGUUGCAUCUAGCUGUUGUGCAGAGACUAACUGUUCCUGCAGGAAAAGCAUGAGGCCCUUGCUUGCUCGCAGGAAAACCUUAACAAGACAAACCAGCAUUGAAGAAGAUUUUGGUGACUUGGGUCCUUCCUUUGUAGAUCCCAGGAAUGAACAGGUCAAGCCCAGUUAUGAGAAAAAGUAUGAGGCUCAGAAAUGUAAUAGAACAGAUAAUUUGUCUAAUGAAGAUAUUCAGGGAGGCUGGAAGACCGACAUAAAAAUGGCUGACUCUAGGACCGCUGGUCCACUUGCAAAGCCAUCCCACAGAGAUGCAGAAGACUCUCUGCUUUUAGGUAAUCCAUCAUCUGCAGGACGGCCUGAAAGGGCGGAGCAUGCAGGGCGAAGGUCCUCUCAUGGCAGUGCAGUGCCACAAAGGUCUCGACCAAUGUUGGUCCCUUCCAUUGAAAUUACAAUGGACAGUAACAGUGAAGGCGGUCGGUCUCGGUCAGGUAGUGAGGGAAAUAUUUCACCUGUAAAAGAAGAAGCUUAUUAUCGCAGCAUUGGUGGACACAAGAAAUGGCCUCAGCAGCGUACCAUGGCCUCUGAAUAUAGAUACGAUGGCUAUGGUGGUCAUGACCAUCUUUCUCCAGAUAUUUAUGAAGAAUCAGAAACAGAUCCUGGCACAGAAGAUAUUUCUACUCGAAUAUUUGUUGCACUCUUUGACUAUGAUCCGCUGACAAUGUCCCCAAAUCCGGAUGCUGCAGAAGAAGAGCUGCCAUUUAAAGAAGGACAGAUCAUUAAGGUUUAUGGGGACAAAGAUGCCGAUGGAUUCUAUCGUGGAGAAACCUGUACAAGAAUUGGCCUUAUCCCAUGUAAUAUGGUCUCUGAGAUCCAAGCAGAUGAUGAAGAGAUGAUGGAUCAGCUUCUAAAACAAGGUUUUCUUCCUUUGAACACACCAGUAGAGAAAAUAGUCAACUGUGACCGUUUCAAAGAGAGCACACGCUCUGUACACCGCAGAUCCAGAAAGUCUAAAAGAGAAAGAAACAGACGGAGUGGCAGACAACAUUCAGUAUCUACAAGAAGGAUGGUGGCACUGUAUGACUAUGAUCCAAGAGAAAGUUCUCCUAAUGUUGAUGUAGAGGCUGAGCUAACAUUCUGUACAGGGGACAUUAUCACUGUCUUCGGUGAAAUUGAUGAAGAUGGAUUUUACUACGGUGAACUUAAUGGACAGAAAGGGCUGGUUCCUUCCAACUUUCUUGAAGAAGUGCCUGAUGAUGUUGAAGUCUAUCUAUCUGAUGCACCCUCGCGAUAUGUUCACGAUACACCGAUGCGUACAAAAGCAAAAAGGGUUCCUCCUGAGAAUACAGGUACAUCAAGGAGAGCACCAUCCCCCACAGUUCAUCUCCAUUCUGGGUCACCUACGUCACCUAUGGGUUCUGGUAGUCCCGGGAGAGGCAGGGAUAUGUCCUCGAAAAAGAAAAAGGGGCUGCUUUCCAAAGGCAAGAAACUGCUGAAAAAGCUUGGUGCAGUGAAAUGAUUCAUGUACUCCUGGACAACUUGUAAAGCUUCCAGUCUGUUUUUUUUUUUUUUUUUUAAAAUGUCAAAACUAGGGCUUUCAUGACUAUGCAGUACAACCUUAUUAAACCUUUGCAUUUUUAACUCUGACGUCAAUAGAAUCAUGUGAAUUGCUUAAAACAGCAAGGUGGGUGUAUUGUUGCAAAUACUCCUUUUAAAAAAAAAAAAAAAAGGGUAUAGGAUUAAGAUCAGAAGAACAUGAUUUAGUUGAAGUCUAUUCAACACCUGCAAGUGCACUGGAUAAAUCUCAGCCUUUAAUCUACUUUAACUGUGGGUCAGGUGAAAAAGAAAAACCUGUUCAUUGAUUGCUGGUCAAGAGCAAUCACCCCAUUCUGUCUAAUCUUCAUCAUUUAAAAUGGUCUUGAAACUCCUAGUUUAAAUUAGCCUUGAUGUUUUGCCUUAUUAAUGCACAAUGAUUCGUACUGUCUAAUAAAUAUACAACAUAUACUUUGUAUGUACUGUGUAUUCAACUGUCCUCAUCUUCCCUAAAUCAUAGUAAUUUAAGAUAAAAUAUGAUGUUGCUAAUUCCAUUCAAUGUAUGAUACAACUCUUGAGAGUUUGAAAGUACUGAGCAAAAUGCUUUUUUCUUUCUUUCCCUUUUCCUCUGCAAACCAAAACUCUUGUAUAGGUUUCUUUUGUCAACAUAUUCACUAAACUGAAAUCAGAUACAGUCUAAGUUGUUCAGAGCCUCACCCCAAGUUUCAAUCAUACAAACACCACAAACUGCAGUUCUGGAGUUCCUGGUUCACUAUUCUAAAUUACCAUAAAAAAA